AUGGCGUCCGACCCGUCUUAUCCUCUCUUCCCCAUAUUCGCCUUCUGUGGUUUCGUCCUAGCAAUCGUCCCCCUGCCGUGGCAUCUUGAGGCCCUCAAUUCGGCUACGUGCUACUAUAUGAUCUGGGCAUCUUUAGCGUGUCUGAACAAGUUCGUGAACUCUCUGGUUUGGGCCAAUAAUGCCCUCGACUCCGCGCCUAUCUGGUGCGAUGUUUCGACGCGGAUUAUCAUUGGUGCUUCAGUUGGCAUACCAGCUGCUUCCCUAUGUAUCAAUAGACGGUUGUACCUCAUCGCGAGGAUGGGCGCAACCACUGUGACGAAAGCGGAGAAACGGAGAGCGAUCUUGGUAGACACCCUCAUCUGCGUGCUCUUUCCCAUCAUUUGCAUGGCCUUCGCGUUCAUCGUCCAAGGCCAUCGCUUCAACAUAUACGAGGAGAUAGGCUGCUACCCGGAUAUAUAUAACACCAUCGCCGCGUAUUUUCUCGUCAACUGGUGGCCAGUCGUCCUGGGGCUCAUCUCUGCUUGCUACUGCGUACUAUCCUUGCGAUCGUUCUAUCUGCGUCGAGCGCAGUUCAGAGAGUUCCUAUCCUCGAGCAAGACCUCGCUGACUUUCGGGCGAUAUUUCCGUCUCAUGGCGCUCGCGACUACCGAGUUGCUGUUCACAAUUCCCAUCUCAGGCUACGCGAUAUACCUGAAUGCCACGACACUGUCUAUGGAGCCCUGGAUCAGCUGGUCCUACGUGCACUAUCAGUUCUCUCGAGUAGAACAAGUGCCGUCUGUGGUCUGGCGCUCAGAUCGCUCUCUCGUCGUUGCGCUCGAGUUGGGUCAAUGGCUCAACCCGCUUUGCGCGCUGAUCUUCUUCGCAUACUUCGGAAUUGCGGAGGAGGCAAGGCGUCACUACAAGGAGGCUUUCUGGUUCAUUGCCUGUCGCCUCGGCUACUCCCAACGUUCUCGCAAUUCAACCGGCAAACAUUUGUUAAGGUUCGCGAUCCCACACUGUACGCCGAGUUCAUUGACUGAUGGCGCUAUGUAG